GGGGUCUUAUCCCACUCGGGCUGCCCCCUGGUGUACGUAGGAUUGGGGUGACCUGGAUGCUUCUUGCUCAUCUGCUCCUGGCUGGGCCACUACAGGUUCCUAGGAGGUGAGUGCGGACGGUAUGCAAAGUUGUGAAUCCAGUGGCGACAGUGCGGAUGACCCUCUCAGUUGUGGCCUACGGAGAAGGGGACAACCUCGUGUGGUGGUAAUCGGUGCUGGCUUGGCUGGCCUGGCUGCGGCCAAAGCGCUUCUAGAGCAGGGCUUCACGGAUGUCACUGUGCUCGAGGCUUCUAGCCGCAUCGGAGGCCGUGUGCAGAGCGUGAAACUUGGACACGCCACCUUUGAGCUGGGAGCCACCUGGAUCCAUGGCUCCCAUGGAAAUCCUAUUUAUCAUCUAGCAGAAGCCAAUGGCCUUCUGGAAGAGACAACCGAUGGGGAACGCAGUGUGGGCCGCAUCAGCCUCUAUUCCAAGAAUGGCGUGGCCUGCUAUCUUACCAACCACGGCUGCAGGAUCCCCAAGGACGUGGUUGAGGAAUUCAGCGAUUUAUACAACGAGGUCUAUAACUUGACCCAGGAGUUCUUCCGGCACGAUAAACCAGUCAAUGCUGAAAGUAAGAACAGCGUGGGGGUGUUCACCCGGGAGGAGGUACGCAACCGCAUCAGGGAUGACCCCGAUGACCCAGAGGCCACCAAGCGCCUGAAGCUUGCCAUGAUCCAGCAGUACCUGAAGGUGGAGAGCUGUGAGAGCAGCUCACACAGCAUGGACGAGGUGUCCCUGAGCGCCUUUGGGGAGUGGACCGAGAUCCCUGGCGCCCAUCAUGUCAUCCCCUCAGGCUUCAUGAGAGUUGUGGAGCUGCUGGCUGAAGGCAUCCCCACCCAUGUCAUCCAGAUGGGGAAGCCUGUCCGCUGCAUUCACUGGGAUCAGGCCUCGGCCCGCCCCAGGGGCCCUGAGAUUGAGCCCCGGGGUGAGGGCGACCACAAUCAGGACACCGGGGAGGGUGGCCAGGGUGGAGAGGAGCCCCGGGGGGGCAGGUCGGAUGAGGACGAACGGUGGCCAGUGGUGGUGGAGUGUGAGGACUGUGAGAUGAUCCCAGCGGACCACGUGAUUGUGACCGUGUCGUUGGGUGUGCUCAAGAGGCAGUACACCACCUUCUUCCGGCCAAGCCUGCCCACGGAGAAGGUGGCCGCCAUCCACCGCCUGGGCAUCGGCACCACUGACAAGAUCUUUCUUGAAUUCGAGGAGCCCUUCUGGGGCCCUGAGUGCAACAGCCUACAGUUUGUGUGGGAGGAUGAGGCAGAGAGCCGCACCCUCACCUACCCACCUGAGCUCUGGUACCGCAAGAUCUGCGGCUUCGAUGUCCUCUACCCGCCGGAGCGCUACGGCCACGUGCUGAGUGGCUGGAUCUGCGGGGAGGAGGCCCUCGUCAUGGAGAAGUGUGAUGAUGAGGCUGUGGCUGAGAUCUGCACGGAGAUGCUGCGUCAGUUCACAGGGAACCCCAAUAUUCCAAAACCUCGGCGAAUCCUGCGCUCGGCCUGGGGCAGCAAUCCCUACUUCCGAGGCUCCUAUUCAUACACACAGGUGGGCUCGAGUGGGGCAGAUGUGGAGAAGCUGGCCAAGCCCCUGCCAUACACGGAGAGCUCCAAGAUGGCACAUGGAAGCUCCACAAAGCAGCAGCCUGGUCACCUUUUAUCUUCCAAGUGCCCAGAACAGUCCCUGGACCCUAACAGGGGCUCCAUAAAGCCCAUGCAGGUGCUGUUCUCUGGCGAGGCCACUCAUCGCAAGUACUAUUCCACCACCCAUGGUGCUCUGCUCUCCGGCCAGCGCGAGGCUGCCCGUCUCAUCGAGAUGUACCGAGACCUCUUCCAACAGGGGACCUGAGGGCUGUCCUCACCGUCGAGCGUGUUCCUUAAAGAACCACUAACUCGUGACCUCCAGCCCGCCCCCUGCUGCCCUGUGCUCUUAACUUCCCAAUCCUCUGUAGAAUGGAUUUCUACCUUCUGUAGAGCUAGGCGCCCUGACUGGCUUCUGACCUGGCCCUGUAGCUUUUCCUUUUCUCCAUGCCGGGUUGUGACCAGGACAGGCCGUUGAUUUACGUCUGUGCUAGGAUCGCUGCCUGCCCCAUGCCUGGCCCUCCCCUCCCACCUUGGUAUUGUAAGUGCCUUCAAUACUUUGCAUUUUGGGAUAAUAAAAGAGGCUACCCUUCCUGUGCCCGUCAGCAUCUCUCUUCGGUUUUCU